UUCAAUAAUUAUACUAAAGAUAUACUGUAUCAUAUUUACAGAUUCAUUCAGGAGGUCAUUUUUACUUAUGCACUCUCCAUCUUCAUGUUUCGUUAUGGUGUUCGGAGGAACAACGCAGACGUUAUUAUGGCUGCAAGGCUCAAGUUUGCACCAUUAUAUUUUGGUGUCAACAAAUACAACUACCAGCAAAUAGAAAUCUUAGACUCAUUAAUGAGAGUGUGUGCACCAUCUGAAGUUUGCACAUUUAUAAAUAACAAUGAGUCUGUCACCCAAUCAGGACAUCCUAGUAAAGGGGAAAAGUGUGAUUUUAUCCUUGAGUCAAGAAAUAAAAUGUCCAAGAAAUGGCUGCCUCCAGGCGCACCCAAAGAAAAACACUGGAAUCAAGCCUGUCGUAAUCUUGACAAACUGGAAAAGGUUAAAAAACAUUUAUAUAACUUGCACUUUUAAAUUUUUAUU